AUCUGCAGAACAACACUGACCAAGAAGGGAGAAAAGGGAGGAGGGGGGAGAUCACAGUUUCAGACUCCAUCAAGCACAGCCAACUCCUCCCCUCUCAGCCACAUAUCUACUGUAUCACCACGUCCAGACAGGGGCCUUCCUUGGUGUGCAAAACAGCUGAAAGCUGCUUACCUUCAGGAUGAGAUCGAGGCAGCUGGUGUGCGGAAUCUGGAGCCUGUGUUUCACAUUCUGCCUCUUCUGCAUCUUUCUUCACCAAACCACAGCAAAAAGAAAACUGAAGUUUGUGUCCGUAGUGUUUCAUCACGGUGAUCAUACCCCACAGGAGUUUUUUCCAACUGACAAGCACAAAGAAAUUGCAAGGCAGCAUGGAUACGGACAGCUUACCAAGUUUGGCAUACAGCAACAGUAUGAGCUUGGGCAGUAUAUGCGGAGAAGAUACUCCUAUUUCCUGAGCGUUGUUUACAAACGGUCUGAGAUUUAUGUCCAGAGCACUGAUUGUGAUCAAACACUUAUGAGUGCUCAGGCAACUCUUGCUGGGCUGUAUCCACCAACACAAGGACACAUUUGGAAUCCCAGAAUCCUUUGGCAGCCAAUUCCAGUUCACACAGUGCCACUGUCAAAUGAUAACUUGCUUCAUGUACCUUUCUCCCACUGCCCAAAAUACAAUGAGCUUCUGAGAGAAACCUCUGCAUCAAGAGAUUUCCAAAAGCAGCUUAAGCAGUACAGGUCUUUUCUCAAGUUUUUAGCCUCUCACACUGGAUACCCACUGAAGAAACUGAACAGUGAAAGAAUUUUGAGGAUCUCUGACACUUUACAAUAUGAGGAUAUUAACAAUUACACUUUACCUGCUUGGGCUACUCAUGGUGUCAGGACCAAGCUGAUAAAGCUCUCAGAAUUGUUACUGCAGGCGGAAUUUGGGUUCCACAAACAAAUACAAAAAUCACGUUUGCAGGGAGGUCUUCUUUUAAAAACUAUCCUAAAGCAUAUGUCAGAUGCUAGAAAGUCUUCACACCAUCAAAAAAUGAUUAUAUAUUCUGCGCAUGCAACCACCAUUGUUGCCUUACAGAUGGCACUCCAUGUUUUCAAUGGGAAAUUGCCUCCUUAUAGUGCUUGUCAUUUCUUUGAACUUUACCAGGAAAAAAAUGGCAGGCAAUACACCAUAGAGAUGUACUACCGGAAUAAUACUUUGAGAGAUCCUCACCCUCUUACUCUCCCUGGAUGCAGUUUUCGCUGUCCACUGGAGAGAUUUACUCAUUUGGUCUCCCCAGUCCUUGUACAACAUUGGACAAAAGAAUGUAGGGUGUAGGACAUAAAAUGGGGUGAUGCCUCCAGGAAAUUCAAAACAGCUUUCAAAACAGUUCCUCCCACACUGUGAUGUUACUACAGUCUGAAAUUUCUCAUUAACUUCCAUCAGUAUGAACAACAGUCUCCUGAUCUCUAUCAAAGGAAAAAACAUUCAUCAGUACAGCAAAACAAAAUUACAGAAAGAAGUAAUUUACCUUUCCUUAAGAGUAGCUUUCUUUUAUAAAGGAUAAAACCCAAAUGUAUUCUGCAAUUGAGUAUUUUUUUCUAGGUUUAUUCAUUGUAAAGUGAUUUGACAGGACUGAUUCAAGAGCAUAAUUUAAAUUAUAGUGCUUUGAAGGGCUAUAGCUUUAACAUAGAGCAAAACUGGAAAAUACUGCUGAAGGGAUGCUGUUUCCUUAUGAAGACUGGGACAAUGGUGAGGGAGGCAGUGCUCCAAAAGGAGCCAGCAACUGGGGAGUCAUUCCAGUUUCCCCAUACUUUAUAUUAUUCAAGAAAUUAUUUUACAAAAACAGAUCUCAGAAGCUACAAAAAUAACGAUAGAGGCUGUUUACUUAGUGAAUACUUGUCUUUCCUUGUGUGCAGGGAGUGGGGUGUGUGGUGUUUUUUUCUUUGUCUAUAUACACAAAUAUUACACAUGUAUACAGGAGGAAGGUGAGAGUCAUGGAAAUAAUGGACCAUGGGGCUACACCUAAAAGCAGCCUGCAAACAAUCAGUCUGGCUGUCAUAAAGACUUGGCAGGCAAUUCGUUGACCCAUCAUGGCUCUCACAUACUGAGUCACUGUGUCUUCUCCCAAAAAGAGAGCAAGGCUAAGUGUCAACUGUGAAAGAAAAAUCAUUUGUGAUUUCAAACAGCUUUACAAACACCUUCCUUUUGUUCUGUUACCUCGAUAAUGUACUCUGCUCUGAUAAUAUAAAGCCUGUGCUUCAGA